GUGUCUGCUGCCAAGGAGUUUCUAAAGACAGAAGACGACCAUACCAUAUACAUAAAGCCCUUGAUCAAAGCAUUAAAAACCGCAAAAAAUAGGAACAUAGUAGCCUGUGUCUUUGACAUAGCAGCCCUGCUCAAUGUUAGGGAGGAGUUUAUUCGUAGAAAAUACCUACAGAAGUAUUUCAAGCGUACAACCACGAGAUAUUCAGUUCUAGGAUACCUUAACUCGUUUAGUAUUGAUUUUUUGGACCAAAGCAUCAAAAAGCGGAUAGAAGAAGAUGCCAGCUUUCAAUCUGAAGAGGUUUACGAAUAUAUCAAAAAUAGACCAGUGCUCGCAAGAGACCUGUUGUUUAGCUCGGGGCCUGGGCUAAUACCUAAGCAACUUAAUAUCAUCGUCAAUUGCAAGCUGUUUUUCAAUAUUCAAAACUACAUCCAACUGUUAGGACACAACACAAAAUUGAUCAGUUUUAAGGCAUUUGAGGCUUUUUCGAUCUUUUUCAAUGAGGUUUCCACAAACGAAAGCAUCUUAGACACGCUUGAUCUUCGGAAUGCUGUUAGAAAAAGAGACGGAUAUCCAAACGAGUACUGCCUGAACAUCGGCGAUAAUAGUGUUUGCAUCUCAGAUGCUACAAACUUCAUAGUUUUUGGAUGGUGUUUUUUGCCUGAGAAAGCUGAAAUUCUUAAAGUUGCCAGAAGUCAGGAUCACAACGGUAGAAUUGCCAAACUAAAAAGUAUUGCCAACAAAUACUCCACCAGAAACCUGCCAAUAGAAAGUGACAUAGAGGAAGACCACCUCGUUACAUACCAUCCAACCACUACCUAUCCAUUUGAUUCUGCAUGCAGUUUCUUUAACCAUUACACUUUUGAUCACUUGUUUGCCAAGCAAUAUAAAAAGGAUAUCUGUGACUGCUAUGAGAUAUAA